UGGAAAGAGAUAUAACCCUGUGGACAACAAAGGUUGCGAUCUAAAGGCUCUUUUGAGGAAGGUAACAGCAAAAUUUGUCAUCAUUAGUGUAGACUACUGGACUUGGACCGAGUUUAUCAAAGUAUCAUAAAAAUUGGCAGUAGAUUUGAACCUCGAAUUGAUUCUCAACUUUACUUUCAACUCCUUGAACCUGCUUUGAUAGUGUCAUUAGUGAGAUAUGACUUACCAGUAUCAGCGCCUGAAUGAAGACGAAGGAUUUCACAAGGCACUUGUGGUUUGUGGAAAUUUUGAAGAGACUCUACGAGAAGCAAUAUACUGUCGUAAGGUUAUCAUCAAACACUUAGAAGACUUAAAAAAAGAAGUUGAAGAAAGCUACGAUAAACAUAAAAAGGCAACAAUAGGAGGAACAGUUGCUACAAUAACUGGAUCUACACUUGGUAUUGUGGGGUUUGCUGCUGGUUUCGUUACUUUUGGUCUUGGUUUCGGUUUAGCUGUUGCUGGUGGUGCGAUUGCAGCUGGAGGAGGUUUAACAUUGGCUGGCUCUCAAAUCGGUUACCAUAUUGUCUCCAGCACUACUUACAAGAAUGCACAGAAAGCCUGCGAGAGAGAUAGAGAGCAAGCAGCUAACAUUGAGAAGUAUGGCGAUGAGCUAGACAGCCACCUCGAAGCACUGGCUAACAAGUAUAAAAUGUCCAAAGAAAAUAUCUUUGAGCAACUGAUGAGUAAAGGGAAGCUUGCAACAAAUGUUUUGAAAUAUACCUACAGUGCUGGUCGAGGCUUUGAUGUAGCAGGAGAUGUCGCUAGGCUUGUCAAAGCUGGUGCAUCAGGGGCUCGAACCACUUUUACUGGGUUAUCAACUGCAGCCAAGGCAUUUCGUAUUGGAGGUGUUGUAAUGGACGUUAUAUUCAUUCCUAUUGAUAUUGGCGUGAUGGCUAAGGCUGCUUAUGAUGUUCACCAGUACAGGACCACUGGAGAGUCCAACUCUGAUAUUGCUGAGAGGAUAGGAGCAAUGAUUAAAAUGCUAAGUGAAAAUUUACAACAAAUGAAGUCUUUCUUGAAUGUGCUUGAAACAACCCAUUAGAUAGGCACAGUGCAUCAUAUUUAAAGUGAAAGUCACCAAAGGAAGCGUAUGUUUUGUCUGUCUUGUCUACAUUCCAUUGUAUAUGUAGAUAAAUUUUACACAUACCAGUACACAUUUUUUUCAAAGAAAGUAUCAUUUUAAAGAUGUUAA